AUGUCUGUCGUCGGUGUCGAUUUUGGCGCUCUUAAUACCGUCAUUGCUGUUGCCAGAAACCGCGGUGUCGAUGUCAUCACAAACGAAGUCUCCAACCGGGCUACUCCUUCGCUCGUUGGCUUUGGCCCCAAGAGCCGGUAUAUCGGUGAGCCCGCCAAGACCCAGGAGAUCUCCAACCUGAAGAACACCGUCGGCUGCCUCAAGCGCCUCGCCGGCCGCACUCUCGACGACCCCGAUGUCGCCAUUGAGCAGCAGUUCAUCUCCGCCACCUUGGUCGACGUCAAUGGCGAGGUCGGUGCCGAGGUCACCUACCUCGGCGAGAAGCGCAAGUUUUCCGCCACAGAGCUCAUCGCCAUGUUCAUGAGCAAGAUCAAGCAGACCACCCAGGCUGAGGUCAAGGUUGCCGUCCAGGAGCUCGUCUUGAGCGUCCCCGCCUGGUUCACCGACAAGCAGCGCAGGAGCAUCUUGGAUGCCGCCGAGAUCGCCGGCCUCCGUCCCCUCCGCCUCAUCAACGACACCACCGCUGCCGCUCUCGGCUGGGGCAUCACAAAACUCGACCUUCCCGGCCCCGAGGAGAAGCCCAGGAGAGUCGCCUUUGUCGAUGUCGGCUACUCCAACUACACCUGCUCCAUUGUCGAGUUCAAGAAGGGCGAGCUUUCCGUCAAGGCCACCGCCUGCGACCGUCACUUUGGUGGCCGCAACUUCGACAAGGCUCUGCUCGACCAUCUUCAUAAGGAGUUCCUUGGCAAAUACAAGAUCGACAUCUUCACCAACCCCAAGGCCGUCUGCCGUGUCCUCGCCGCUGCCGAGAAGCUCAAGAAGAUCCUUUCUGCCAACCAGCAGGCUCCUCUCAACAUCGAGUCCCUCAUGAACGACAUCGAUGUCCGCGCCAUGAUCACCCGCCAGGAGUUCGAGGCCAUGGUUGAGCCCCUCCUCGCCAAGGUCCACGUUCCUCUCGAGCAGGCCCUCGCCGACGCCAAGCUCACCAAGGACGAUAUCGACAUCAUCGAGGUCGUCGGUGGUGGCUCUCGUGUCCCCUCCGUCAAGGAGCGCAUCCAGGCUUUCUUCGGCAAGCAGCUUUCCUUCACCAUGAACCAGGAUGAGGCCAUUGCCCGUGGCUGCGCUUUUAGCUGCGCCAUCCUCUCCCCUGUCUUCAAGGUCCGCGACUUCCAGGUCCAGGACAUCAUCAACUACCCCAUCGAGUUCACCUGGGAGAAGGAUGCCGAUAUUCCCGAUGAGGACACCAGCCUCGUUGUCUUCAACAAGGGCAACGUCCUCCCCUCCACUAAGAUUCUUACCUUCUAUCGCAAGCAGCCUUUCGAUCUCGAGGCCAGGUACACUAACCCCGAGGAGCUCCCCGGCAAGACCUCUCCCUUCAUUGGUCGCUUCUCCAUCAAGGGUGUUCAUGCCACCGAGGGUCCCGAGGACUUUAUGAUUUGCAAGCUCAAGGCUCGUAUCAACAUUCACGGUAUUCUUAACGUUGAGAGCGCCUACUACGUCGAAGAUCAGGAGGUCGAGGAGGAGGUCAAGGAUGAGAACGGUGAUGUGAGUAAUAUUCUUAUUAGUGAAAACAGGACGUCAUCGGACAGUCCUACGAAGCGCCGUAAACUUUUCGACGGUUCAACGCAGUCUCUCGAUGGUGGAACCCACGAAAAUUUGGACGAGGAAAAGCUAACCCACGAAAAGGUUGUCAUGGAAGGCGACAAGCCCAAGACCCGCAAGGUCAAGAAGCAGGUCCGCAAGGGCGAGCUUCCUGUCGUCAGCGCCACCCCGUCCCUCGACCCCGCCGCCAAGAACGCCGCCAUUGAGAGGGAGCAGGCCAUGAUCAUGGAGGACAAGCUCGUUGCCGAUACCGAGGAGAAGAAGAACGAGCUCGAGACCUACAUCUACGACCUUCGCAACAAGCUCGACGACCAGUACGCCGAUCUCGCCUCCGAGGAGGAGAAGGAGAAGAUCCGCGCCAAGCUCAUGGAGGUUGAGGACUGGCUCUACGAUGAGGGUGACGAUGCCACCAAGGCCGUCUACGUCGCCAAGAUCGAAGAGAUCCGCGCCCUCGCCGGCCCCGUCGUCCAGCGCUACUUCGACAAGGUUGAGGCUGAGAGGCAAGCUCUCCAGGAGAAGCUCGAGGCUGAGAAGGCCGCCAAGAAGGCUGAGGAGGAGGCCCGCAAGGCCAAGGAGGCUGCCGAGAAGGCCGCCCAAGAAGGUGCCAAGGACGACGAGAUGACCGAUGCCGACGCUCCGAAGCCUGUCGUCGAGGAGGCUUAG